AUGUCAGAAAAACCAAAAAUUAAAGUUGAAUUACCAGAAGGAACAACCGAAAGUGGGUCGAUAAAAAAUAUAUCUGACUGGAUUCGUACUACAGAAGAGCUGGGAGUUGCGAAAGAGGAAGAUCACGAAGAGAUCGAAUCAUUCUCAAAACCAGCUCCAGAUAUUAGUGUCCCAAACACCAGUGAGCACCAUUAUUGGUCAGAAUUUGCGCAUCGUUUUUUCUCGAGGGCAUUACAAGAAUUUAUAGGUCUUGACUGGAGAGCCAUGGAAGUUCCCGUGCAGGCCUCAAAGUAUCAAAAAAUAACCAUGCUAUAG